UGCUGAGAACCGUGUGCAUGAAGAAUUUGCGUCUGCGUGCAGAACUAGAUCCGUGAAGAGGGGAAGGGUUUUUUUUUCUUCCCGUUUUGACCAGAUCCAAAUCGGAAGUUUUUAAUUCUGGAUUCGCGUAGUCUGGAUCAGCUGCAGGGGACAGAGAUGGCCCCUAGUUUUAGAUGGGCGGCUGACUGCAUGAGUUUGAGACCUCUCUACCCGGCUUCAUAUCCUUUUCAAGGUCAAGGUCGCGUAAAUCAGCUUGGUGGCGUGUUCAUCAACGGACGUCCAUUACCCAAUCAUGUCCGGCUACGCAUCGUAGAAAUGGCAGCUGCCGGAAUCCGGCCUUGUGUCAUCAGCAGACAAUUAAGAGUCUCUCACGGAUGCGUGUCCAAGAUCCUGAAUCGGUAUCAGGAAACUGGAAGCAUACGUCCGGGUGUAAUCGGUGGCAGCAGGCCGAAAGCAGCUGGGGACACAGAUCAUCGCUCUGAUGAAUACAAAAAAGAAAAUUCGAAUAUCUUCAGCUGGGAGAUGAGAGACAGGUUGGCCAAGGACACUGGCGGAUGCGACAGGACAGUGGCUUCUAAUGUUGCUCCCAUCCGCCUGCUGAGAAGCAGCUCUAUUAGUCCAAACAAACUGGAGAAGACAGAAGAAAUGGACUCUGGUCAGAAAGGUGUUGGUGGGCACAAACAUUCUAUAGAUGGAAUACUUGCAAGGAAGAAAGGAUCUAUUCGGGACAGUGGUGAAGAAGGCGCGAACUCGGACUGCGACUCCGAACCUGGUUUGACACUGAAACGAAAACAGAGACGAUCUCGAACCACUUUUACUGCCGCACAACUCGACGAACUGGAAAAAGCUUUCGAGAAAACGCAGUAUCCUGACAUAUAUGCGAGGGAAGAAUUAGCGCAACGGACAAAGCUUACGGAAGCCAGGGUACAGGUAUGGUUCAGCAAUCGAAGAGCUCGUUGGAGGAAACAGUUAGGCAGCCAGAAUCUUAACAGCUACAGCUCUCUAAAUUUUGGUUACCAGCAUGCCAACCCUUAUCUAGUCUCAGAUGCAACGUCUUACUCUAUGCAUACAGAUACGUCUUCGCUUCAGGCGGGUUCAACAGUUCCCUUACACCACCAUCAUUUGCAUACGAACCCUGGUGAUGCAAGAACCUCUCUAACUUACCCCAAUCCCUUAGCGGAAUGUGCUUAUGUUGCCAACAAUCCUGCUUUACAGUCACAGAUGAUGUCUAUGUUACAUACUUCCGUCUCGACAUCAGGCACAGCGGUGGAUUACACACAUCAUCAACACGCCGUAGCUACUGCAGCGGCCGCCGUGGGUGGGACGGCCCCCACAAGUGAGGAAAGUUCCUGGAACGCGGCUCGGGCAAACUUCAACGGGUGGGGAGCUCAGCAGAAUGCCAGCGCAAGUGAUGCCUUCUCCGCUGCAGCCACCGACCAUCUACCGCAUGGGGCCGGCGGUGAGGCUUACGCUCCGUUCAACGGCAUGGCUCACCAUCAUUACCCGGAUAUUAAACCAUCUUUUUAUUAUGCAGGACAGUACGCAACUGGAAUCAGAGGGUUACCUAUUUAAAUAAAAUCGUCUUGCGUUAAGUGUGUGUAGACCGCUAGAUAAUUAAGAUAAGAACUGGUUUUAUUUGAUGGGAUUUGUUGCUUUGUUAUGAUUAACUUUUCUAAAGUAUAAAUAGGACCAGCUGAUAAAGUUUGAGAAAAGACUUUACAAAAUGUUUAAAAGGUGUCUCUUUUGUAUUUAUUUAUUACAAUUUUCUUUAACAUAUAUGAAUAAAUCUUUAACGUAUAUGAAAUAAUUGCAAACUAAUUUUAAAAUGCAAACUAAUUUUUAAAAAAAUAGGAAAAAAAAUCUUUUUGAGCGUAAUAUUUGUGAUAUAUAAUUUCAAUCAUUCGAAUAAAAUACAUGGGCUUCAUUUAGGGAAAUUAACUUUAAAAGCCAAACACAAAGAAAAAAGUUAAAAGGCAUCUAUGUAAAAAUUAGUAAUCGAAAAUAGAAGAAAAAGUAUUACACAAAAAAGGGAAAAUAAAAAAUAAAUAGAAGCAUUUAACUCAAAAAUAUGUUAGCUUGAGUAUAAGAAGUAAAUAUAUGUACUUCUUAAAUUAAAUACACUACAAAUCUUAAAGACUUUAAACAAGAGCAGAAAUGGACAUAUGACCAGCUUGCACAGGGAAGAAAAUAUGCCAAUAUAAAAUGCAAAAUUAAAGGAGAGAGGGAAGAUUUAUAUCGGUGCAGAAUUUUGUAUAAAAACAUACUAAUUUUUGCAGCAAGUGACAUAGGUCCUACUCUUUCAAAAUAUUAAAAAAAAAAAUAAUAAUAAUAAUUAGUUGGUCUUUGUUCAUGAUAAAGCAAAUUUCAUUUUUAAGUGUCUCUUUUUCAGGUUUAAAAAAGGAAAAAAUUGUACCUGAAGGAGAGAAAGUAUCAAAUGUCCUCAAAAUCAAUAAAAUUUUUUAUAAAAUUUAUUUAAGUCUAAAUUAAAUAUUUGCAUUUGACAUUACAUGCUUUACAUGUAUGGUUUUAAUAUACUGAGAUGCCUUCAUAAACAUACUAGCACCUUCAUGCAAGCCAAUCAUUGUUCGAAAAAAACAGAAACUUUUAUAAGAAUGCUCUGGCAUAAAGUUGGCUAAAUCCUUAUGAAGAUGAGUUUUGAAAUUAUAAAAAACAACCUUAAAGCAAAACCGUAGUUUUACUUGCAUAAAGGGCAUCUUCAUGCCAGGACAAUGGUAUGCAAACCAAAUUGUCAUUUUCUUUUUAAAAAAGAUAAAACAUAGUUAAAUAAAAUGAUAAUUGAUCUAAAGUUAAUUUUAAAUAAAAAUAUCUUAACUGAGAUUUGCUUUAGAAUAUAUUUGUUAGGGCACAUACAUGACUGAUGAAAUUAUUCUUGAUAAAUAUACCAGCAUAUUAAGGAAACUAAUUAAAUAAAAAAAUAAAGCAUAGGAAGCUAGACUAUUCCUAAAAUUACAUUUAAUUAAUGUGAUUUUGUUCAAUGAUAGCUGCUCAAUAAUUAAUUUCUUUCUCUUAUUUUGAUAAUUUGGCAAAUUAAAUUUAUUUUAAUACCUGUAUAAUUGUUUCAUUAAUGCAUUUAUCAUAUGACUUUCUUAUAAAUAUUCAAAAACAUUUUAUUCUUGCAAUAAAUGAAUAUUAAGCAUAUGUUUAUGCAAUUUUACUCAUAAAAUUCCUGUUAUCAAUCCUGAAUCUUCAGCUGUUUUGCUCUUUUCUUAAGAAACAAAAUUUUUGUACUUCUUUUGAGGCGUUCUACAAGGCAAAUAAAUUAAAUGAUAUAAGUACCAUAGUCUGAAGCAGUAAAUAAAUUUUAUUUGAAUGUUAAAAUCAAAAUAUAACAGUUGAAUUAUAGGAAUUUAUUUUUUAAAUGUUAUGUGCGCAGGUAACAAACACAGUAUGGUUUUUAGAAAGGCAUUUUAAAGCUAGGGAGGAAAUCACUUUAUAUUCUGACAUAGUAAUUAAUCUCUAAACUAUGCUAAAAAUGAAAUUAUAACAGCAUCGAGGAUAAAAUUAAAAAUAAAUUUCAUAAAUUAAGUCAAAACUAUCUUAAUUUUUAGAAAAAUCUUUUUUUAAUCUUUUUUUUUUUUUUUUUUUUUUCAUCUAAAUAAAAAUUAAAAUUUUCUAUUUUUAGCUCUUAAAGUAUACAUUGUCACUACUAAUACUGAAAAAAAGAAAUUCUUUCUUGUUUGUUCUUCAUUCUUCUUUAUAAUUUUCAAGUAAUGACAAUUACAUACCACAUUUUGUUCAGUAUUUAUGAUUACAAAUACCAGAGCAUAAAAUGUAACAUGGUUAUGGUAUAAAAAAGAUAAUAAAUAGAAUUUGUGAGUGAUUAAAAAACAUUUUUUUGUGAAGUUGCUAUUUUAUAUAUCUAUUCCGUCCACGUAAAUAAUAAAUUUGAAAAGCACGUGAUAGAAUUCUCUCAUCUAAUUUGAAUCUAUGGUAGCUAUAAUAUAAUAUAUACUCUAUAUGAAAUUAAUAAUGGAACAGAAUUGACAUUCAAAUUGAAAUAACAUUCUAUAUUAUUUCAAUGGUUGUUUGUAUAAAGUAAUUUUAUAGGCAAGUGAUUGUAAAUAAUUUGUGUUAUAAUUUUGAAUGUUGUACACGGUUUUGUGUUAACCUAUUGUAAUUUGUCCUAGUUCUUUUGUAAUAAUAUUUGUAAUAUUUGUAAGUUUAAAAUUGUGCAAUUGUAUAU